AUGUUCUUUAAGAGAGGUGAGUGCAGAGCAAAAGGUGGGGCACUUGGAUUCAAAGUUGAAAUUUUGGGGGCUACUGGAGGAAUUGGUCAAUCCCUUUCUUUGCAAAUGAUGAUGAACCCAUUGGUUUCAAUUCUUCAUCUUUAUGAUGUUGUCAACACCCCUAGUGUCACAACUGAUGUUAGCCACAUGGACACUGGUGUUGUGGUUCGUGGCUUUCCGGGGCAGCAACAACUUGAGAGUGCACUCACUAGCAUGGACUUGGUAAUCAUACUUGCUGGGGUGCUAAGGAAACCUAGGAUGACAAGAGAUUAUUUAUUUAAAAUAAACGUUAGAAUUGUGAGGAUCCUUUCUAGAGGAAUUGCCAAGUGCUGCCCCAAUGCAAUUGUCAACUUGAUUAGUAAUCUAGUGAAUUCCACAGUUGCUAUUGCUGCGGAGGUUUCCAAGAAAGUCGGUACAUAUGAUCCAAAGCGACUACUGGGUGUUACAACCCUUGAUGUUGUGAGGGCAAAUACUUUUGCAGAGGUACUUGGAGUUGAUCCAAGAGAGGUUGGAUGUCUUUCUGGAGUCACAAUUUUGCCUCUUUUGUCACAGGAUAAGCCUCCCAGUAGCUUCACUUCAAAAGAAACUGAAUACCUGACAAAUCGCAUCCAAAAUGGUGGAACUAAAGUUGUUGAGGUAAUGCCACAUAAACCUAUAGCUUUAACAUGUCACUGGAGUAGAAGAGGGAUAAUUCGCAAGAUUUUCUGCAUAUAAUAUAUUGAUAAUUUAGGCUCAUAUAAAUAUGUGCUUAUCCCUAUGGGCAUUUCUAAGAUGAGUUG